GUUACUGGUCCGAAGAUAUUCUUGACUGUAGAGGAGAGGAAUUUAUAGAUGGAUAGAUAGAUAGAUAGAUAGAUAGAUAGAUAGAUAGAUAGUCAGUCGGCAGGGAUCUGCAAAGAGAAGAGUCAUGAGGGAGGAAAGAGCCCCUUCAGGACAAGGAGGCUACCGCUGUGUGAAUUAGAUGAGGAAACAAGAGGAACAAGAUCUGUUAACUCAGGAAGCAGGAGAGAGAGAGAGAGAAAGAGAAAGAAAAAAGAAGGGAGGGGAAGAAAGACAGAGGGGAAGAGUGCGUGGAGGAGAGAGAAAGAGAGAAAGAAGGAAGGUUGAGGGACAGGCCCAAGCCUGUCAGCAGCCUGAGGGGAACAAGAGGCCAUGGCGGUGCCUAUUGGCAGCAAGGAAGGGCCCAGUCAACCACUGCUGCUGUUUGGGGCUACCGAGGCCAUUGGCAGAGAGAGUCAGGAACUAACUGAAACAGGUGGUGAAACAUGUAAACUGUUUACAAGUUUCAUGCACUUUCUGGUAGGGGUGUGCACGGAUCAGGUUUUGUGUUCCAUUCCUAGCUCGGAACCAGGGGCAUAAGUUCCAUUGAGCAAGGGGGGACAAAUAUCUCUAGGCCCACAGGGCCUGGAGGGCCCCCCAAGUCCCCUUAGCCAGUCCCCCUUGCCUUGCCUGCUGGCUCCCUCUCCUGCUAGCCUUCCAGCUCUGACCAGAGUAGUGAAGCAGCCUGCAAAAUGCUGCAGCCCCUUCAGUCUCCACCUCUCAGCUGUUCAGCAGGUAGGGGCUUCCAGAGAGGCCUCUGUGAAGGCCUCCCUGAAGCCUGAGCUUAAGUGCCGGCAGGCAGGCAGCAAGGAAAGAAGAAAGGAAUGAAGCAGCGCUGGCUGCCCUUGCCCACCACAGGUCUGCCCAGCUUUUGACUCCUCAGGCUUAGUAAUGGAGGUUGUACACACAAAACCUGGCCAUCCAGCUAAAGCCAAAGGAGGCACAGCAGUCUGUCGUCGCCCCGCUUUCAUCCUAUCAAAUGAUCUGGGAAACAUUUGCAAAUCAAUCUGAGUCAGAGAGAGAUAUUUUCCUACAUGAUGUUUUCCCUAGUGGUUUUCUCUGGGGAACAUCAACAGGAUCAUUUAAUGUUGAAGGGGGCUGGGCAGAGGAUGGGAAAGGAGAGAGUAUUUGGGACCGAUUUGGGCAUGAAGGCCAUGUCCAUAUGAAGCAAACAGCAGAUGUUGCGUGUGAUAGCUACCACAAGAUAGAGUAUGAUACUUACCUGCUUAGAGGCCUUCAGCCAAACAUCUAUAAAUUUUCUAUAUCGUGGCCUAGGAUUUUUCACAAUGGGAGUAAGGAUAGCUUAAAUCCUCAAGGAGUGGAUUACUACAACAAGCUCAUAGACACCUUGCUAGAUUCUAACAUUGAACCUAUGGUGACCUUGUUCCAUUGGGACCUGCCACAAGCUCUGCAGGAUCUCGGUGGCUGGCAAAAUGAGAGCAUCAUAAAUGCCUUUGUAGAUUAUGCAUCUUUCUGCUUUGCCACUUUUGGGGAUCGGGUUAAAUUCUGGAUUACGUUCCAUGAACCUUGGGUCAUUAGCUAUGCUGGCUAUGGAACUGGACAGCACCCUCCAGGAAUUGCUGAUCCAGGAGAGGCAUCAUACCAGGUGGCUCAUGUUAUUCUCAAGGCUCAUGCUCGAGCCUGGCAUGUUUAUGACAUCCACUAUCGCCCCAAACAGCACGGGAAAGUGGGAAUUGUGUUGAAUUCAGACUGGGCUGAACCCAAGUCCCCAGGAAGUCCUGACGAUGUGAGAGCAGCAGAACUCUACUUGCAGUUCAUGUUGGGCUGGUUUGCUCACCCAAUCUUUGUCAACGGUGAUUACCCAGAUAUCCUGAAAUCCCAAAUCAAACAGAAGAACCAGGAAUGCUCUACCCCAAUCGCCAAACUUCCCAUGUUCAGUGAUGAUGAGAAGCUUUUGUUGAAUGGGACUGCUGACUUCUUUGGCCUUUCCCACUACACUUCUAGGUAUAUUAGUGCUUCCAUUAAUCAUUCCUGCACUCCAAGCUAUGAGAAUAUUGGGGACUUUUCCCAACACGUGGAUCCUUCUUGGCCCCAGACACCUGCACCUUGGCUCUAUGUAGUUCCCUGGGGACUGAGGAGACUGCUGCGGUUCGUGUCCCAAGAAUACACAGGAAGCAGGCUCCCAAUUUACAUAGCAGGGAAUGGCGCACCAACGGAUGAUGGAGGUGAUUUGAUCAAUGAUACUACAAGACUGGAUUACUACCGUCUCUAUAUCAAUGAAGCUUUAAAAGCUAUAAAACUAGAUGCCAUUGAUGUGCAGUCAUACAUUGCCCGAUCUUUGAUUGACGGCUUUGAAGGCUCAUCAGGUUAUAGCCAAAAGUUUGGCUUACACCAUGUGAAUUUUGAAAAUGCAAACAGACAAAGGACCCCAAAGGAAUCGGCAUAUCUCUUCUCCACUGUUAUAGAAAAUAAUGGAUUUCCUAGCAAUGUUACAAGGAAAUUUAUUCAGCCACUCAAAAAGGAUGUCUCCAUGUCCACAAAGUUACCUAGUUUACCAGCUUCUGACGUUCCUUCAAAGGCAAAGGUGGUUUGGGAAAAAUUUUCAACCCAGACUAAUUUUGAAAGAGACAUGUAUUUUUACGGCACUUUCCCAGAAGGUUUUCUGUGGGGUGUUUCCACUUCUGCCUACCAAACUGAAGGAGCUUGGGAUGCAGAUGGGAAAGGACCUAGCAUCUGGGAUAACUUUACUCAUAUCCCAGGGAAUAUUAACAACAAUGAUACAGGAGAUAUAGCUUGUGACAGUUACAAUAAAGUAGAUGAAGACCUUUAUUUACUGAGAGCUUUAAGGGUAAAUACCUAUCGCUUCUCCCUCUCAUGGCCUCGUAUUUUUCCAAAUGGAAGAAUUAAUUCCAUAAAUAGACAAGGUGUUGAUUAUUACAACCGAUUGAUUGAUGGUCUGCUUGCCCGAAAUAUCACCCCGAUGGUCACGCUCUACCACUGGGAUAUGCCCCAAGCUCUGCAAGACAUUGGUGGCUGGGAGAAUCCCAUAUUAAUUGAACUAUUUGAUAAUUUUGCAGACUUUUGUUUUCAGACAUUUGGAGACAGGGUCAAGUUCUGGGUUACUUUCAAUGAACCUAUUGCGAUUUCAUGGCUAGGCUAUGAUCUGGGAACGUUCCCCCCAAAUAUGAAAGAUGAUCCAGGUUAUACUGUCUAUAAGAUUACUCAUACAAUACUGAAAGCUCAUGCCAGAGUCUACCAUACCUAUGACCAGAAAUACAGACAGAGUCAGAAAGGUGUCAUUUCUUUGAGUCUUAACAUAGAUUGGGUUGAACCGAAGACACCGAAUGAUCCCCGGGAUGUGGAAACAGCUGAUCGUUACCUUCAGUUCAUGGCAGGGUGGUUUGCACAUCCGAUUUUUAAAAAUGGUGAUUACCCAGAGGCCAUGAAGUGGAAAGUAGGGAACAGGAGUGAGCUACAGAAGCUGCCAUCUUCCCGGCUACCUGUUUUCACAGAAGAGGAGAGAGAAUAUAUCAGGGGCACAGCAGAUGUCUUCUGCCUGAACUAUUAUACCUCCAAAAUUAUCACACACAAGACCACUAGGCUGAAACCAUACUCUUACGAGAACGACCAAGAACGAGAGCUGAAGACUGACCUUUCUUGGCCUACCUCAGCACUGGAUGGAAUGCGAGCAGUACCCUGGGGGCUGCGGAGGCUACUAAACUGGAUCAAAGAGGAAUAUGGCAAUCCUCCCAUUUAUAUUACUGAGAAUGGGGUUGGGAUCAAAACUAAAUCUGACGUGGAUGAUACCAGCAGGAUCUUUUACUACAAAACUCACAUUGAUGAAGCCUUGAAAGCCUACAACCUGGACGGGGUGAAUCUUCGAGGCUUUGUUGCUUGGUCUUUCAUGGAUAAUUUUGAAUGGUUGAGUGGUUACGAUCCAAGAUUCGGACUUCACCAGGUUGACUUUGACAAUCCAAACCGGCCACGAACCCCAAAACGUUCUGCUAUAUAUUUUGCUGAAAUCAUACACCAAAAUGGACUCCCGCAGCCAAAAGAGGAGGAGUUUCUUUAUGGGAAGUUUCCAGAGAACUUUUACUGGAGUGUGGCAUCUGCAGCAUAUCAGAUUGAAGGAGCCUGGAGAGCAGAUGGGAAAGGCCUCAGCAUUUGGGACCAGUUCGCUCAUACUCCUCUGAAAAUCAGCAAUGAUGAAAAUGGAGACAUUGCCUGUGACAGCUACCACAAGAUGGAGGCAGACUUGGCCAUUCUGAAAGAGCUCAAGGUGACUCAUUAUCGCUUCUCGAUUUCCUGGCCUCGCAUCCUCCCUGAUGGAACCACCCAACAUAUAAAUGAAGCUGGACUGAAAUACUAUGAAAGACUUGUUGAUGCUCUCCUCGCAGCUAAUAUCCAGCCUCAGGUAACUAUGUACCAUUGGGACCUUCCUCAGGCCCUUCAGAACACUGGAGGGUGGGAAAAUGAGACCAUAAUCCAGACAUUCAAAGACUAUGCAGAGCUCCUCUUUCAGAGGCUUGGAGAGAAGGUGAAAUUUUGGAUAACCUUGAAUGAGCCCUACUCCAUCUCUAAUAUUGGGCAUGGUUAUGGAGUAUCUGCUCCAGGAAUUUCUGCCAGACCAGGCCGUGCCCCUUACAUAGUGGGUCACAACCUAAUCAAGGCCCAUGCAGAAGUCUGGCAUCUCUACAAUGAAACAUACCGUUCCAAACAAGGAGGGCUGAUCUCUCUUGCCAUCAGCGCAGAGUGGGCUGAACCAAAGAACCCUUACAAGCAAGAAGACAUUGAUGCAGCCAGGCGACAUGUUCAGUUUUUUGCUGGUUGGUUUGCUCACCCUAUCUUCAAAAACGGAGACUAUAGUGAGGUGAUGAAGCAGAGGAUACGAGAGAGAAGCCAGGGCCAAUCGCGACUCCCUGUAUUUACUGAAAGUGAAAAGCAGAGGAUUAAAGGCACCUUUGAUUUCUUUGGUUUGAACCACUAUACCACAAUACUGGCAUCCAACUUAAAUUAUCCUGCUUUGAUUACAUCCUAUGAUGCCGACAGGGGGGUUGCUUCAAUAACAGACCGCAGCUGGUUGGGCUCUGGCUCCUUUUGGUUGAAGGUAACCCCUUUUGGCUUCAGGAGACUACUGAAGUGGAUUAAGGAAGAAUACAAUAAUCCACCUAUUUACGUCACUGAGAAUGGAAUUUCAGAACGUGUAGAUGGGGGCUUCCAUGAUAUCUGGCGAAUUCAUUACUUAAAGAAUUACAUCAAUGAAGCUUUAAAAGGAGUUGUACUUGAUGGCAUUGAUCUGCGAGGCUACACAGUAUGGAGCUUGAUGGACAAUUUUGAAUGGGCAGUGGGAUUUGCUGAAAGAUUUGGAUUGUAUUUUACCAACUACACAGACCCAAAUCUGUCCAGGAUUCCAAAGGAGUCUUCAAAAUACUACACAUCUAUCAUCCGGUGUAAUGGCUUUCCAGAUCCAGCAUCUGGACCCCAUUUGUGUCUAGAUCCACAACCUGAAAGCACUGGUGGUACUCCUGCACCAACUAGCAGCGCCAUUUGGCCUACACACGAUGCCACCACGGAGAAAGUGGAAUUCUUGGGACUGAACUUGACUUCAUCUCAUGCAGAAGUAGCCCUUUAUGUGAUGUUUGCACUAUUACUGGUGGCUGUACUGGGCCUUGCUAUUUUCUCAUGUGUAUACAGGAAGGUGGCCAAAAAGGCCCACAACCAAUUUUUAAACUAAAGUAAAAAUGUGAAUUGCAGUAUGUCUUGACUUGCCCUCUGAAGUCAUUGAACUGCUGACUCACUGGAUGGUCACAGGUGCCAAAAACAAGUGACCAGAAUAUUAACAAUUAUUUGUGCAUGGGUUGGGGUACAUAACCAUCAGAACUUUUUCCCAAUUAGCAAAUCAGCUCUGAGCUCCUUUUGCCCAUGAGAUGAGUUGUGAGGAACAAUAUGAUCAGGAAUUAGGCAGUCAUGGAACCUUGUGUUAUGCCAAUACUGAACUUCAGACCUGUUCACCCCAAGUACUAGUUUGAAACAAAUACUGUGUGGCAUUCAAAGAACACAGAAAAUGUGAACCACAAGCAGCCUUCUGAACCAGACAGCAGGCUGCAGAUCUCUUUUUAGAUGUUCUGAAACUUUAGGGCUGGAUAUAUCAGUACCUGAUGGCAAACAGUUUCCUAAUACAGAUUUAGACUUAUGACUAAUAGGAAUAAUUGAGUUAUGCAAUAAGUACCAUAUGUUAUUUAUGGUAAGACUAGGUUUCCCCCCAGUGUCUGAUAUUAGAAAUCAGAGGGGUCAUCUUAAAUCCAGUCCUCUUCCUUUCAGGUAAAUAUAGGGAUAACCUGUAUUUAACCUCUAUCUUUGAGAGGGCAGUCAAAUUCAGAAUCUUUUUUUAUUCAGGUAAAUAUGGUAUAUGGUGGAACACAUGCUUAUACAUAUAUUUCACUAGAAAUUCAUUGCAGUUAAUACUUGCAUGCCUUUUCCAUUUUGAUGUAAAAUAUCCCAGUUACUAUGAAUUCCUUAUGUAAAUAAAAUUUGGGAAGUAGAA